UACGAAGUCGUUGCAGACAUGGAUCCUGCAGAAGUUAUAAUGGAAGAAGCUAAAGCGCGUCAGAAGCCGAUCCUAGAUGCGGCAGCCCGCGGCGACUCGGAGAUACAGCGAUUCUUCACCGGCACAACGUCCUUCAUCACUGGAGGCACUGGCUUCCUAGGAAAACUGCUCAUUGAGAAACUGAUCAGAUCCUGUAACGUGAAAAAAAUUUACGUGAUAAUAAGGUCGAAAAAAGGAAUGUCUAUUGAGGAGAGAUUAGCUGCUUUACUGAAGGAUAGUGUGUUUGAUACCCUUCGCGAGAUGAACCAAGAAUUUGGGAACAAAAUAACACCAAUCGAAGGAGAUGUGGCCGAAUUACAACUCGGCCUUAGCGUCCAAAGUUGGGUCACGAUAGCCGAAGAGGUUGAUGUUAUAUUCCACAUGGCAGCUACCACUAGAUUCGACGAGACUUUACGCAAAGCAACUCUUAUCAACCUGCGUGGUACCAGGGAAAUAUUGAGUCUAGCUAAGCAGUGUAAAAACCUAAGAUCAUUCGUGUAUGUAUCGACAGCAUACUGCCAAGCGACCCGUGACAGGAUCAACUCGGAAGUGUUGGAACAGUUCUACCCCAGCGCAAUACACCCGGAUGCCUUGAUAGGCAUGGCAGAGAGCAUGGCAGAUGAGAGGCUGGUCUGCAUCACGAAGGAGUUAAUUGACGGUUGGCCGAAUACUUACACGUUCACAAAAGCAGUGGCGGAGGAACUUGUACGCAGCAACCUCGGAGAUCUACCAGCUUGUGUAGUAAGGCCGCCUAUCGUUUUAGGUUCGUAUGCUGAACCAUCGCCUGGAUGGCUUGACCCAUCCUGCAUAUAUGGUGCUAGUGGGUGGUUUUUAUCAAUUAUUAUUGGAAUAUCCCACGUGAUCAUGAAAAGCAAUGUGCGGGCUUGCGUCGCGCCAGCUGAUUACGUCACCAACGCUAUCAUCGCAUCUGCUGCAGAAACUCGCAAUAGACACGACAACAGUGAUAAGAAACUAAAGAUUUACACUAUGAGCAGCGGAUCGAAGCUUAGUUUUGGUAAUCAUAAUAAAUUCAUACGCUCAGAAAAAUGCAGAUCGCUCGUCUCUCCCAAAGCCGUUUGGUAUUGUUGGGGUGUGGAAACCAGCAACAAAUUCAUCUUUUGGCUUCUUUUCUGGAUACUGCACUAUAUACCUGGUUAUAUUGUUGACACAUUGUUGUUUUUAUUGCGACUGAAACUGCCUGAGGGAAUACCUUCGGUUGUGAGAGUGUACACUAAAAUGUACAAGUCAACUUUAGUGCUGUCGUAUUUUUUGAUCAACGAGUGGACCUUCAAGGAUGACAACACCGUCGACUUGUACAACAGGCUGUCCACAACAGAUAAAGUCCUGUUCAACUUUAAUAUUAAAUCUAUUGUCUUUGAGGAAUACAUCAUCAUCUAUGGCCUCGGUAUUCGAAAGUUCAUCAUCAAAGACGGGUUGAAGGAUACUGAAAAAGGCGUCAGAUUGCAAUCCAAACUUAAGAUCGCCAAUUUCAUAUUCUUUGUUGUCUAUGCGUAUAUCGCGUUUAAAAUAUUUUGUACUAUAUACCACACUAUACUAUACGUCAUGUGAUUUACGACCAAAAUGCUGAUUUGUAUCUUCAUCUAGAUACCUAAAGAAUAAAUUGUUUUUAACGUUCGAA